UUCAUCAUCAUCAUCAUACUACAGUCACGUGCACAAAGUUUCCAAAACAACACAAGAAACCAAAGCACCAACACACGCGCUUCACUUACCUUAAUUUUAUCUUUCUACUCUCAAAAACCUCACCUUAACCCUUAUUAUGGCCACCACCGAACAACCCCAAAACGGCACCGCCACACUCCCACCGGAAAAUCCCUCCGCCGACGCACAACAACUCACCAUCGACACCGAAGCAACCACCAACGAAUCCACUCAGGAAAUCGAGACGGUAACCGAAACCGGAACAGACACCGCGGCCACCGCCGUUACUCCUCCGGAGCAGAGAUGGCCGGGUUGGCCUGGAGACUGCGUGUUCCGUUUGAUAGUUCCUGUUGGGAAAGUCGGUGGAAUCAUUGGUCGUAAAGGAGACCUCAUCAAGAAGCUUUGUGAUGAAACGAAAGCUCGUGUUCGUGUUCUUGAUGCCGAUCUUGGUAUUCCUGAUCGAAUUAUACUUAUAUCAGGGAAGGAAGAACUUGAAGCAGCUAUUUCCCCUGCAAUGGAUGCUGUUAUAAGGAUAUUCAAACGCGUCUCUGGAUUGUCUGAGACUGACAGUGAGAAUAAAGGACCUGCUGGGGUUACACUUUGCUCCAUCCGAUUACUGGUGGCAUCAACACAGGCUAUCAGUUUGAUCGGAAAGCAAGGAACAAUAAUCAGAUCCAUACAAGAGAGUUCUGGUGCUUCUGUUAGAGUACUGUCAGGAGAUGAAGUGCAAUAUUUUGCUACUGCGGAAGAGAGGAUUGUAGACCUGCAGGGAGAAGCCUUGAUGGUUCUUAAAGCUCUGGAAGCCGUGAUUGGCCAUCUGAGGAAGUUUUUGGUUGAUCACAGCAUUCUUCCCGUAUAUGAGAAAACUUACAAUGCAUCUCUCCCACAACAAGACCGUCAAGCAGAGACCUGGUCUGACAAGCCAUUGCUGCAUACCACUUCACAGACUAGCAUGUUUUCUGAUAUUCCUUUUCCAACAAAAAGGGAUUCUGUCUUUGCUGACCGUGAAAGUCAUUUGGACUCAUUGCUCUCAUCCUCCACUAUGUCUCUCUAUGGGCAAGAUUCUUCUCUUUCUGGUGUUCGUUCUUCAUCUCUUAGUCGUGUUGGUGCUCCUAUUGUUACUACAGUGAUACAAACCAUGCAAAUACCGCUAUCCUAUGCGGAGGACAUCAUUGGCAUUCAAGGGACUAAUAUAGAUUAUAUUCGCCGCACUAGUGGAGCCAUAUUGACUGUGCAGGAGAGCAGGGUGCCUGAUGAAAUCGUUGUGGAAAUAAAAGGAACCACAUCCCAGGUUCAAACAGCACAGCAACUGAUACAGGAAGUUAUAAGCAGUCACAGAGAACCUGUCACCAACAGCUAUGGAAGGUUGGAUGCAGGAAGAAUGGAUGUGGGUCUAAGGUCUUUAUAUUCUCAGUCUUCAUACUCUCAGUUGGGCAAUACAUCACGUAUCCCGCCUUCUUCAUUGUCAUCACAACCAUACACAGGUUAUGGAGCAUCUGGUUUAGGAGACUAUAGUACUUUCAGGCUUUAGUUGGUAUCUCUUUAGUCAAAGGCCUCAAGUGCACUCCAUUUGGACUAGCAAUACUCACUAUAAUACUCUCUUAACACUUUCUCUUACUGGAGAGAGAGCCUGAGUACUAGCAAUACUCACUAUAAUUCUCUCUAACACUCUUUCUCUUAUCGGUUCAAGAUUCGUGUGGGCCCUGCCUAAAUUGGUAAGACCUACAUGAAUUUUAUCUGAUAAAAGAGGGGGUAUUGGAGAGUGUUAAAGCGAGUCUAUCCAACACUUCUCAUGGAGAGGAUGAUGCUUGAAUGUAUUAUGAAGCCUCCCUAAUAGCGCGUUUUUCUGUUAUCUGAUAUCUUGUAUGGUGGAUAAUUUUGAGGUAGCAAAUAGUUGAGAAUUGUAGUGGAUAAUGUAAUGAAAUAUCAGCCAUCUUAACGAUUUUGUUGUCUAACAUGUGAUGUUUGAUUAUUCUGUUAUUUGCAAUAUCAAAUAUCAAUAACUUCAUGGCAA